ACCGUCCUUGAAAACGCCUAUCGUUCGGCCUUAUAACCCGCAGUGACGAAAAGUGCCCAAAAUCAACAAAAUGCAUUCGGGGCCGUAGCGGCAUGCAUAGACAUCCUCACUCGUUCUGUGCUCCUCCUUGAACAAGCUAGAAACGCCUGGAUGCGUCAGAAGAAUGGAGUAUCGUAUCUCAAUGGCGUUAUUGGUGACGUCAAGGCCACCCUCGCCGUUCUUGAGCUUCUGGCGGCUGAGCCAGAACUGCGUCAGGACCAUGUCAACCAGGCAGCCCAUCAGGUGGCGAAAAAAGGCCAGGAUCUUUGCAAUCUGAUAGAAGACUUGAGGGACAAGUCUCAGAAUGGUGGUGGGUUCCAAAGGUUCAUGGAUCAGCUCCAAAAAGGACCUGGAGAGCAACGGAGGCUUGAAAUGUUACGCGCAGAGCUGAGUGACUCCAAGACCACGUUGAUCCUGGCUUUGCAAAUGGCACAGGUUGGUUUGAUCAGAUCGAUGGGCAAGGGCGAUAUCAUUGUUAAUGUUGAGCUUGUCACCAAGGUCGACCAGCGCGUUCAGACGUGCCCAGGCCUGGAGGAGGGGCUGCGCCUUGCGCAGUUGCUUCACCAACGUGCAUGGAAGGAUAAAAAGGGAGAGUUGCAUCUUACCGACCACGAUCUUGCAGAUUUGCAGAACCCACCACCUUACUACAAGCUCGCUCCCCUGGCCCCAGGCCAGACUCGAAGCGUGGUGCAGCGGAACCAAGUCGAAGGCGCUACUUUCUUUGGGGGCGAUUUAGGCAGAGACGGCGGGGAUGAGACAUCAAUCCACCAUCGUGACGAGCUCAUCAUUGAGAACAACGUGGUCAAGAAAGGUGGCUUGUUUUUUGGGGGUGGGACAUCAGCAAAAAACUUGGCUUAUCUUACCAAACACAUGAAACUGCCAGGCAUGGAUGGUUGACGAAGAACCUACCUUGUUUGGCUGCUGCCAGCCAGCUGUUUUCGUUCUAUGUCACGUUGUCCCGCGAAUCUCAUUGUUCUGGUUCGGAAGGGAAAUUGCAGCCUCGCAAGAAUACAUGUUCUCACACGUUCUGUACUGAACGACUUCACAUAUUCUGGGUGUUAAAGAGAGCUUUUUGAAUUAACCGAGGUUUUGUCUAAAGUCCUUGGAUUUCAUACGCAGUGUCAGACCCGCAGUCUUGAAUCUCAAAAGUUAUUUGCCAUCUCCGUCGAAUUGGUUAUCGCUUCUCAUUCGUUGCAUUUCACACAUAGAACUGAUCACUUAUUAGCUGGCGACA